AUGAUAUGUGAAUUGAAUGGUAAGAGUCGUGACAACCCUUCGGGACGUCAUGUCUGUCGCGAUCGCUAUAAAGACGAGGGAAGCGCUCAAGUGAUCGGAAAGACAAUCGCGUGGACACACAGCCAGAGGGAGAGAGAGUCUCCUGAAGAGACAGAGGCAGUGAUCGUCGAGACAGUGGUCUCUCAAGUGGUCGGAACCGCUGAUUCGGGAGAACAACCAUUGGUCGCGAUGUUUGACUGGGAAGACGGCGAUCGCUUCUCCUUCGAGGACUCGGAGCGCUUCGAAGAGGACAGCCUCUGCUCGUGGAUGUCUGAGCCCGAGUCCGUCUGCAACAACUGGAGGGGUUGGAAGAAGUUCAACACCAGCGCCGCCCAAGCCAUCAACUACGCCAACGCUGGCCACCACUUGGGGCCCAAUCACCGACCCGUCAAAGAUGAUAGUCUGCUAUCGCUGGUGGAGUUGUCGGCCCAGACAGUGGCCUGUCAUAUACCGUUCGAAGUGGUGGAGCGGGUGUCGCCGCCCGUCCCGGAACAGCUCCAGUUGCGGAUCGCGUUGACCUCAAAGGGGCUCUUGCUCCUCCUGUAUGCCGAGAUGAGCACAAACCGGUUGCCGAGCCGGCUGCUCAAGGUCUCCCCUCUCUUGGAUAACUUCCGGUUUCGACACUUUCUCAACGAAGUUUACGGUUUCCACUUAAGCGCAACCAUAACACCGCCCCAAUCGCUGGGCAUCUCUAAGGGCUCAUACAAUGUGGCGGUCACUUUCGACAGGCGCCGUAUCACGUCGUGCAACUGC